CCUACACAGCGAUGACUGCUAGUGCAGGGAACGUGGGCAGUAAUUGAUUGAUCAGGAGUGUUUCGUUUUAGAUCUAUCAAGACCUCCUAGCACCUUAUCAUUUCCUGGCUCAACGAUCCCUAUCGUUCCGGUCCAUCUGAAUCUGUUUUAUACGACGCGCCUGCAAUUUUGUUAAACGUGCUACCAGGAGAUUAUUGUGACAACGUUUUACAUCUUCAUCUUGGAAUAUACAUUUUCUGUCACCCGCUGUUGCAUAAGCAGUACUGGUCUUUCGCGAAACUCUUAAUAGUUAAUUUCAUACAUGGGUACUGCUGCCUGUACGGGAGAGCCCAGGUGACGUUCAGUGUUCACUGCCUAAGCCACCUAACAUUGGACGUGGAGGUGCAUGAAACGCUUGAUGAUUUCUCUGCGUUUCCAUUCGAGUCCUAUAUAGGCGUCCUGAAGCGAGUAGUGCGUAAGGCACGAAACCCCGCGGUACAGAUUAUGAGACGGUACUUGGAAUAUGCGGACGUCUCCUCUUUUUCUCUGUGGCCUGCAUCUCAGGAGACUCGCAUACAACAGCGUGGAUUAACACGUCGUGAAGUGUUGAUUCUGCACGGUACAACCUACGCAACGUGAUCAUUGUAUCUGAUUACCCAUAUUGCGUAGCCAUGUUUAACCAUAUUGACUCAGAAGAUGAGAGCAUUGUUUGUAAACCUUUCACUGGCGUGCAUGCAUUGUAUCACCUCCGGAUACCUUCUUCUGCUUGCAAAACAUUUGCCGCCUCAAGCAUCAGGGAUGAUCUGCAAUCAUUCCUUGUGGGCGAUAUACGUUACAAGUUUGUGCUUCUCUCUUAAUGAUUUCUUAGCUAUUGUUCCCCUCUUGCAUACUUUUAGAACUCCGGAUGGCACGACUUGAAGUAUUGUCCACGUUUAAGGUCCCUAAAUGUUCAUUUCUACUUUGCUCUACUUCUUUCCAUGGAUCUUCUGAUUUCACUUAUGUUAAUGCCUAUGAUUAUUUCUUGUUUUGUUCGGGUGCUUAUUAAUGUCCUCUUCUUUACCUGCUGAAAUGGGAUUCUUUCUCAAAGGGUUUACACUUAUCCCGUUACACGAGUUUCCUUGGUACCACUUUAUGCAGUGUGAUCGCAGGGCGUCCAUCUGAGACUCACAUGUAUUCACUUUACAUAAUGAGCGACAUUACAUCCUCAUAUGGUGGUUCCAUUACAAUACUGUUUUUGGCAAGCGUGGGUGGAUGCGGUACGAAGCACCAUUUGAACGGGGUACAAGAUCUUAACUGUAUUCGGCCCAUGGGCAUAUGAAGCGCUGUUAACAGGGUGAAUACGUCUAUGUGCAUCAGAAUGACAAACUACAGGGCGCUGAGUGCACUCUUAAUGGCAAAGAUCUGCGUGGGCAUGCACCGGACAUACAACGUAAGACCAUAUGAACAACAUGGAAUGGCCUUUAGCAACACGGAUGCAGGUUUUCAGUGUCGAUGCGUUCAACCGGAAACUUUUUCGGCAGACAGCACGCAAAGAAAAGGCUACGGGUGUUGCGGAAUGUGGGUUCAUGUACACACCAUAUUUAUUAAUUAAACGUUUCGUUGCCAUUACAUUUCUUUCAUAAUCAGUGUUUGUGCAAACGGACAGGAAGUACUUGCAUAAGUCAUCUAUUUCAGCGUUAUGACCUCAUUAACAUAUUACGUCGUUUCGCUGAGUACGUCCACCGUAUCCACGGUUACAACCAUAAGCAGCUCUUGGCUGCUUGGGGACGGUCGACGGGCGUUGCUACCAAACGUCCCCCAUUUGGAAUACCUAAACGCUGUGAGGGAACACCGGCCGGCGGACGAGAAUUGUACAUUCGCCGACGUGACUAUACUUCGUCGAAGUAUGGAUUUCGAUCGGGCUGUCGCCUUAGCCAACUCGAUCGACCUUUCGAACUUAACCGAAGACACGGAUUCAACGGCAGACAUGGGCACACUCCCACAUAGACUCAUCCGUACACCACGUCGUUUAAUUUCGGACGAUAAUGACUUGGAGCCCCCCGGGAAGCGCAUGGUCACCACAGCCGUUCCUUAUGGCUCCCCACCUAUCGUUUCGUUAAAUGAGUUGACCCGCUCCAUGAGUAAAAACUCACGUCAGUCGUCUUCCCAACAAUACAACAUGAAUGGAUACAAACAAGCUAAUACAGCGUUCAAUACUGCGUCUCACUGUCGUGACAAUUCGAACGCACAGAUUCGGAAACUGGAUUCAGGCGAUAUGGACCAACUGAAUGAUAAAGUUGAGUCCAUAGACGGUAAUGUUCAGAAAAUUAUGGAGACACUGGAGUAUAUGAAGAGUUGCUUGAGCUCGAUGGCUGCGACCAUUGCCGGCCAACCAGGGCAGCAGGCAACGCAGCUUCCGUUGCCAAUUACAUCGGUAGAGGAACUACAGUCCUUCGAUAUAUUAAUGCAGGAUGCAGCACGCAGGCAACAAUUGCAUACUUAUCUGGAAGGUGUGCACGGAGACACCUUGUCGGAGACUGUACGCCUCAUGAUGCAGCGUCUUUUAACGCGGCCAUUGAUGGCGGAGAUCAAUUACUCCGGUUCCCGCAACAAACACGGAUUCCGGAAAACGAAGCUUUUCACCGAAAUGCAAGCUGCUCUAUUAAAACGAUUCUCCGAAAGCAAUGUGUCACCGGAUGGCAUAACACAAUAUGUCAGAAACUAAUUGAAAUCUAUUCGUGGCAACGCAUGGCGCGACUCCGCCAAAGGUUGUACAAGCAGCCAGCAGGUUUUCCAAAUAGUGGACUUGGACUCCCCAGACGACAGCAUAGAAGAAGCCUGACGGUUUCAAACGGAACAUUGACCUCUGUUGUCAAUAUUAAUGUGUUUCUCUUUAAUGUAGCCACUACUGUGUCGUUAAAGGGACCUUUCACUGUGCAAAAAUCGGAUUAUAUUUCCGCA